CACUCUCCUUACACCAUACCACUCUCUCUCUCUCUCUCCUCUCUCUCUCCUUCUCUCUCUCUCUCUCUCUCUCUCUCUCUCUCUCUCUCUCUCUCUCUCUCUCUCUCUCUCUCUCUCUCUCUCUCUCUCUCUCUCACAAAAUAUUCCUCUACACCUCUCUCUCUCCUCUCCUACCCCUCUCCCUCCUCUCUCUCU